CCGUAACUUGAUUACACCGUCAGAAGAAUUUGCUGAGAUGAGCAAAGAAAUCAAGCCAGUUCUACAAUCUGAAAUUCCAGAAUGCCCGAGGAAAAGGUACCCGACCCUUCCACCUUUCUUCCAGGAUCUGAACGAUAAACAAGAGAAUAAAAGUUUUAAUAAGAGCAUGGAUCGUGAUAAUAUUGCUAGGAACCUUGGAUUGGACAGUGGUCCCUGUCUUUCAUUCAUCCACCUUCUUCUCUACGAUGUCUUUUUGACAAUAUUGGCCAGAGCUGUUCAAGAAUUUUGGAGGAGAUCAAGAUCGACAUCUUCUCCAUAUGCUCUUAUGUUGCAGAAAAAGCUCGAACGAUGAACAUCGGUGUAGGCAGUGAUGAAGCCACAUCAUCUCCAGCACGUCAUCCAUGUGGCAUAUAUUUUAAUUUUUAAACCACCUCAUCUUCCAACACAUCAUACAUAUGGCAUAUAUUUUUAUUUUUAUUUGUCAUUUAAGA